GCAGGUAUACUCUUUGGACAUAUUCAUCACCCAGAAUGGCCUUCACAGGCCUUCACAUAAUGCAUCGUCGUAUUAUCGCGAUGAAUAGCCUUCGGUUUCUCGGACUUUCGAAAAACCCGGUGCCCUCCAGUUUCUGGUUAGAUCGAUAAGACGCGCAUAUAUGUACUCUCUCCCUUAUUUCAUCUUCCUCAGGGAACUUUGUCCUUACGAUCUUCACAUCUAAAUCGUUGGGCCAAAUGGAUGAUCAUCAGUAUUCUCUUGAUCUUUACAAGCAUUUAGGACGUCGCUCAGUCUUACCUUUGAUUUCGCGUACCACACGUCAAGCUCGAGCGACUGUCGACCUUCCUGAUCUGAACAAUGUCCAAGGCGACGUGAUUUAUCUCUUUCCUAAAAAAGCCGAAAAUUUUGUAUUUUUCAGGAUCAACAACGUAACAUCGUUCAGAGCUGCUCUGCAAUCCUUCAAGCCAACGACUUCGGAAGACGUGAAAGAUAAUCUUAGCUCGAUCGCCGAUGCAAAGAGAAACGCCCGUGAUGCAAGCAGUGUCCCGACAGUCGACAUCACGCAAUACCAGAUUGCAUUCAGCCGUACCGGCAUGUAUUUCCUUGGCGUGAACGAGGACACUGGAGAUGCUCGAUUCGACAAGCGCUGCAUGAGUGACGACAAGCAAUUCCUUGGCGACCAAAGAGACUGGGACCCUAUAUUUGUCAAAACAAACCCUAAUGCAGUGAAUGGAUCAGUGCGUGACGAUACUGGAGCUCUGCAUGGCGUCAUUACUGUCGCCGGAAGUAGCGCCGAGACUUGCACCAAAGCUUCAAACGAUGUCAUAGCCCUGUUUGGCUCAUCAAUAACGGUUGCCGGCGGCAAGUCAGUGGAAGGGAGGGCUCGACCACCCCCUUACAAAGGGCAUGAGCAUUUCGGCUUUCAAGAUGGAAUAUCCCAACCUUGUCUGCGGGGUCUUGUUAUUCCUCGCGCAGGCCAAAUUCAAGUUGAUCCUGGAGUAAUUAUAAUGGGUUAUCCAGGCGAUCCUGUACGAGAUGAUCCGACUAACAGGGCGAAACGUCCAGCCUGGACCAAGGAUGGAACGAUUUUGGUGUUCAGGAAGCUCGAGCAAUCCGUUAUCUCUUUCGAAGAUUAUGUGCAGAGGAAUGGACCUCGUUGGCGCGAGUUCAUUCCUGGAGGUGAUAUAUCUCCUCCGCUCAACACACAAGAAGCUGAAGAUCUCUUCGGGGCACGGCUUAUUGGAAGGUGGAAAUCGGGUGCACCCCUUGCUAAAUGCCCCUUCCGCGACAAUCAAGCUGUGGCACUCGACCCAAACCGCAACAAUGACUACGUCGUUCGCGACAAUCCGAAUAUAUCACGGCAUGAACCCAGUGAUUACUAUUGCCCAUUCACUGCACACACACGCAAGACCGCGCCGCGUAAUUUGAAUCCUUACAUCGACGCCAAAUUCCUCGAAUCGGGUUCGAUCGUACGUGGAGGGCUUCCGUAUGGCGGUGAGGUUACUGAUCAAGAACGACGCGAUGUAGCAAGCGGAAGUGAUGAGUUACCUCGCGGGCUUCUGUUCAAUUGCUAUAUGUCCAGUUUGGACUCGGGAUUCGUUCGUCAGACAGUUGGAUACGCGGACAAUGAUUAUUGGCCCAUAACAUCCCUGGUGCCACUAAAGAAGGGUCAGGACCCUGUCCUUGGUAGCCCUCCUGCGUAUACAACUGCUGAAAUCAAAGGCAAAUCUCCCUCAGUAAAAUCUGGGGAUAAAAUCAACUUACAACUCGCCGGUGCGGAUGGUGCAACGUUCGAGGUGUCCGGAUUCGCUCGGGUUACCCCUAAGGGUGCAGCUCCACCGCCCAGUGAGCCGAACCCUUUCUUUGUUACUUCGAGGGGAGGAGAAUACUUUUUUGUUCCUUCUGUUUCGACCUUGAAAAGUUGGGCCAGCGCUACGACGUCUAAGUUAGAUAUUGUUUUCCUCCUCGAUGCGACGGGUAGUAUGCAAGUCUAUAUCGAACAAGUCCGAGACACCAUCCAGUCGCUGUGCGAACGCCUUGUUGCGACUGGAAAAUGGUCAGGUGGUGAUUUAAGAUUUGGACUUAUAGCAUUCCGCGACCACCCCCCGCAAGAUUCCACGUACAUCACCCGUCAAUACCCUUUCGACUCUAACGUUUCGGCUGUCAAGGCGAAUCUGGCGAAUCUGCAAGCGGAUGGUGGUGGUGACGGACCCGAAGCUCAGUGUGAUGCGUUCGCUCGUGUCUUGAAUGCGGGAUGGAAGGACGAAGCCACCAAGGUCGCUAUACUUAUCACAGAUUCACCACCCCAUGGUAUAGGGGAGGAUGAAGAUGGAUUCCCCAGUGGAUGUCCACUUCAGAACGACCCUGUGCGUCUUGUUAAUAGGAUGGCUAGGCUCGGUAUUACAUUGCAUGUACUGGCGUGCGAACCUACGAUGAGCAUGGACUUUUCGACACCCCUCGACUUCUAUAAAGGCAUUGUUCAGAAGACAGGGGGGAGGUUCUUCCCCCUUUCUGACGUCAAUUCAUUGAUCGAGCUUUUCACCGGCAGUAUUUUAGAAACUGCUGACAUCGACGCCCUAGUUGUCAAACAUACAAACGAAGUUUGCACAUUAGCUAAGGAGCAAAAAGAAACAACUGGCGAUAUCAGCAAGAGCUUGUACAGCCGUUUGUCAUCUUCCGCUCAGGUCAACACCUUCACUGUCGAAGACAUAUACGUCGCAAAUGAGCAGAGUGACAAGAAUGUUCAAAUCUGGCUCGACGCAGAACAGAUCGACAAUAACACGACAUCCCAGAUCAAAGAUGUGACUGGUUUCCGUCUCAAACGCGAGUACCGCCAAGGUGGGACACCGGCAAUGAGUUCAAAGACACAGCCUGUUAGCCUCAACCAGGUUGAGACAGUCGUGAGGAUGUGUUUGGCGAGGGCUGCGUGAGGCUCUUGUUCUCAAGGAAAUGUAAACACGAACACAAUAUUCAUCUACGAGCCUUUUGUAACACUACCGUCCAAUUGUCAAUGUCUUAACGUCCGGUACCUCACUUCCUCGUAGCCGAUGUAUGGCUUGCACUCAACCUCUAGAUGAAUUUGCAGUUGCUCAGAGUAGAAUUUUUCCUAACCCAAAUCAGUGUGGCUUACGCCUCGACGGUUUCCUCCCCUCUCCACAUCUAUGGUACUCAAUUCUUAUCAUUAAGCAGUA